UUAAACGAAGCCCCCCAAAUCCAUGGGGUACAAACUCACAUGCACAUGCACUACAAGGAAAAGCACCCCAAGUCCCUCUAUCAUAAAUAGAAUCCCCCUAAACCCCCCUCAUUUCUCUCUACUCCUUGAGAUCUCCUUCGCAUUUCCAACAAUUCAAUCCUAAUUAAAAAUCUCAUCAGAUCAGUCACCGGCGAUUGUUCGAUGCUGUCGUCUCGAGAGAGCAUGCUGCCGUACCCGUCGCCGUGGCCGAUGCCGCCGCUGGCUGCCGACCGCCGCUGGAAGCCGAACGUCGAUCAGGCGCCGAACUGCCCGCGGUGCGACUCCGCGAACACCAAGUUCUGCUACUACAACAACUACAGCCUGUCGCAGCCGCGGUACUUCUGCAAGGCCUGCCGCCGCUACUGGACCAAGGGCGGCUCCCUCCGCAACGUCCCCGUCGGCGGCGGCUGCCGCAAGAACCGCCGCCCCAAGCCCAAGGUCUCGAACGCCGCCGGCCCCCGCAGCUUCGUCCGGCCCGACCUCGCGCUCGACAGCGCCGUGCCGGCCGACCAGCCGUCCGUCGCGACCGACGUGUCGGCGUACGAUGCCGGCAACGGCUCGUCGAUCGACCUCGCGUCGCUGUACGCCAAGUUCUUGAACCAGUGCCCGGCGGAAAACCCUGCUGCCGGAGCCGAGGAGCGAUUCGACGCAUUCUCAGGCUCGAGUCAGACCCAGAUUCAGGUUCAAAUGCCGAGCCUGCAGGACGUGUUCAUGGUCACAGAAGCAGAAGCAGAAGCAGAAGCAGAAGCAGAAGCAGUACAAUGCAGUGUUACUGGUCAUGAAGUGAGCUGCUUCUCUAGUACUGACCCUGUGAUGAGUUGUUGCUACGAGCCAUUAUCGCUUCCCAUUGAAGGUGUGAAUAAUUUUCUGACCGUUAAUCCGACGUUUGGGCUCCAACCUUUCGAAUCGUUUCCCGAAUUAGAGAGUAAUGGGUUUAGCCACAUGAGUUCUAUCAAUGGGGAUUGGAGUGCGUUGGAAUAUUGUUCAGGUGAGAUGGUGUCAUGUGGACCCAAGGAUGAAUGGGCAAGGACACUCCAUGGACUAUGACUUGAAUAGCAUCAAGCCACAAAGAGAGAGAGAGAGAGAGAGAGAGAGAGAGGAUUGAGUAGAGAGAGAGAAGUUGUAUAGUGUAUGAUGCAUAGAAUCUAGAUAUGAGCUGUUAAUAGCA